UGUAGGUAGGAAGAGUGUGACGACAGAUGUCCGGUCCAGAAGAGGACAUUGCUCAUUAGAUAAUCGUUUGAGAAGCAAAAUUUAAAUCUUUUUGCGGUUAAACCUUCGGUUUUAACACGAGGUCAUAUCUGUCUCAUUAGAUUCCGCAAGAAGGAGAUGUCGGAGACGUACGAUUUCCUCUUCAAGUUCCUGGUGAUUGGCAGCGCUGGGACAGGGAAGUCCUGUCUCCUCCACCAGUUCAUUGAGAGCAAAUUCAAACAGGACUCAAACCACACCAUAGGAGUAGAGUUUGGAUCACGGGUUGUGAAUGUUGGGGGAAAGACUGUCAAACUGCAGAUCUGGGACACAGCUGGGCAAGAGCGAUUCAGAUCAGUGACUCGCAGUUACUACCGGGGGGCAGCCGGAGCUCUACUAGUCUAUGACAUCACAAGCCGCGAGACAUACAACGCUCUGACCAAUUGGCUGACGGAUGCAAGGACAUUGGCAAGCCCCAAUAUUGUCAUCAUCCUCUGUGGGAACAAGAAGGACUUGGAUGCUGACCGGGAAGUGACCUUCCUGGAGGCUUCACGCUUUGCCCAGGAGAACGAGCUCAUGUUCCUGGAGACAAGCGCCCUGACAGGAGAGAAUGUGGAGGAGGCUUUCCUCAAGUGUGCUCGUACCAUCCUUAACAAGAUUGAGUCAGGCGAGUUGGACCCAGAGCGGAUGGGCUCUGGAAUCCAGUAUGGCGAUGCCUCCCUCAGGCAGCUGCGACAGUCUCAGGGGUCCACAACACAAAACAAGCAGCAGUGUACCUGCUAGGGCCCACCACCCUCUUGCUCCCAGAUUCUCAGGGUGCCCCUCUCAGAUCAACCUGGAUCUCUCAAACUGAGGACUGUCUGUGAUACCUAACCCAAGACUCUAUAGCACAUCUUCCCAGGAAGGGAAUGUAGGCCCAUGUGGAACACUGGGCUAGGUACCCUGUUCUUUGCAGGCCCAAGGAGGCCUGUCCCCUUACAUCACAUGAACCAGGGACCACAUCCCAGGGGAUGGCCUAGAGGGGUGCGACCACCUAGGACCACACAUAGCAAUUUCCUGUUCUCACAAGUCAAGGAUGGUAGAGUCACCACAGGUUAUAUUUCACUGCCCAUGUUCCUUAUUUAGAAACAACUCCUUAGGAUCCUGAAACACCAAGAUUUGUUGGUGGAGCACACAAAAAAUACCAUUCACAGUGGAACUUACUCGUGUUGUAGAUCAUUCAAAGAAUGAUAAAGUGUCCACCUGGAGCCUUUUCUCUCACAGCCUCCUAGUGGCAUAGCAUGAAGUGCCAGCCUAUAAGAACUGUAAUUGUGUUCCUCUUAUGGCCUCUACCUUGAUAAUCGUCAGAUUGUUUCAGGAACCUAAGCUGUAUUUGUGAGAUGCCUCUGAAAUUAAGAAAAAGAUUAAUAGUAGAAUUACUGUUAAAAGAAUGAAUAUAAUCCAGUUAAUAGUUAUUACUGAUUUAGGCAAACUUAGCCAUUGUUAUGAUCUUUUACGUAUUAUUUUUAGUUGUCCAAAUGGUUGGUUUUUUAAGGAAUAACAAUGUUGUGGCCUUUACCUUGCCCAUAUUGUUCUUUGAUAGCAUAAUUAAAAAAGAGAACCUGUUAGGUUUAUGAAGAUAUUACCAUAUCACAGACAAGUCUGCUGAAAGCACAAGGCAGAGGUUUUCACUGUCAAAAAAAAGAAAAAUUACCUUCUGACUGCAUAUACAUAGUUAUAUUGUGAAUAUCUGAAUUUGUUGUGUAUUGUUGCUGUUGCACUUUUUCCCCAGAAAGGACCCGUAUCAAUGUGAUUUUUAAUUUGCAGUUAUACUGUUGUCGGGGUUACGAGGGCUCUCCUAUCACAGUUAGGCUUCUUUUGUCUUUCUGGCCCUCACACUGGGUGCCUGCCUCAUAUUUCUGUCAGUCUGUUAGCAUGAAUGACUCCACCAGAGUAAGGUUAGCAUAUUUCAUGAACAAAAUUGUAGAAGACCUGCUUUGUUUCUACAAGUCAUUAAACCUUUUUCAUCGCAUAGCUUACAGUUUUUAGAUGCAACCCCAUUGGCCCUUAUGGUCCUCAUACUAUAUUGCAAACCUAGUGUAACUGUGUUGGUAUUUAUCUGCUGUGUGAUGUACUACUGUAAAUUUUACAGCCGCAGCCACAUCGCAAUAAACAGAAUGUAGGAAAGGCUAUAGUGAAUACAGUGGAGUCUUCUAGGUAUUGGCUGGUUUGGCUUUGCUUUGGCUAGUAUUUCCUGUUGAAUUUUUACUGUUGAUACUAUUGAUCAUUACAUCUGAAAAAGAUACAACAAAAAUAAGUACAUUAAAUGUACACUGGUCUGAUUAUAUACAAAAUCUUUUAUAUGCAGUAAAGAGGAGGGCAUAUUGGCAGAAGAGUACACUGGCUCCUCAACUUACGAACACUUUGGACUGGAGGUCUGUUGGCAGUUCAAAUAGUUUGCAAUUCCAGUUACUAUGUCACAAUCAAUAAAAACAGCUUAAUCCCAAAGUUUAUUAAUGUGUUAAGUUUAAAAAAAAAAAAAAAAAAAAAAAAA